UACACACACAAGCAUCCAAUCUGUCCCCUUAUGCAGCGAAAACAUCUGCCCACAGAAACAGAUUUAUACUUUGCUAUUACAGUAUCCCAGGACAAUGAAAUGUCUUACAACCUGGCAACUGAUUCUGUUUAAUACAUGGGCGUUACUAGUUCUGGGUGCUGAGUCGAAUGUUGAUUGGGAGGUUCAGCGUUAUGAUGGGUGGUACAAUAAUCUGGCCCAUCACAGCAUGGGUUCUGCUGGUUCUAAUCUUUUGCGUCUCAGGCCAGCAACUUAUUCUGAUGGCGUUUAUCAAGUGGCCGAGAAACAACUUCCAAAUCCACGUGAACUCAGUAACGUGGUAAUGGAAAGAGAAUCAGGAAUUGCAUCUCUGCAAAAUUUAACAGUGCUGGGUGUAUUUUUUGGUUACCAUGUGCUGUCAGAGAUAGUGUCCACAGCGAACCCUGCUUGUCCUGCUGAAUUCCUGAAUAUUUAUAUACCUGCUGGAGAUCCAGUGUUUGAUUCAAAGAAUACAAGCAAUGUGGUUUUGCCAUUCCAAAGAAAGAAAUGGUCUCUAGAUACUGGGAAGAGCCCCAAUAACCCAAGAGAACAGGUUAACUCGGUCACAACUUGGAUAGAUGGCAGUUCCAUAUAUGGCUCUUCUCAUUCUUGGAGUGAUGCCUUAAGAAGUUUUUCUGGGGGGAAACUGGCUUCUGGAUCUGAUGAACUGUUACCAAGUUAUGCAAGAAAUGCCCUACCAAUGUGGACGGUUCCAGAUCCAUCCACAGGCCAAAGAGGAAACAGGGGGAUUUAUGGUUUUGGUAAUGCCUUAGCUAACGAAAGUCCAUUCCUUCAAGCUGAGAGUAUUGUUUGGUUUCGGUACCAUAAUUACAUAGCAAAAACAUUUGUUGAAAAAAAUUCACAUUGGUCUGAUGAAGUUGUGUUUCAAAAUGCCAGGAAAUGGGUGAUUGCUACUUACCAGAAUGUUGCUUUUUAUGAGUGGUUACCUUUAUUUGUGUCACGCACUGUAUCGCCAUAUCAAGGGUACAAACAUCAUCUGGAUCCUAGCAUCUCCACUGAAUUUUUGGCCUUAAUAGAACAAAUGAUAUAUUCCAUGAUGCCUUCAGGAGUUUAUAUGAGAAACAAAGAAUGCAUUUUUCAGAACGUGACUGGAUUACAUGAUCAGUCCUGGCCAGCUCUUCGUUUGUGCAACAACUACUGGAACAGAGAGAAUCCAAACUUAAAAAAUGCCACUGAUAUCGAUGAAUUGUUACUGGGAAUGGCUUCCCAAAUAGCUGAAAAACAAGAUAACAUUAUGGUGGAAGACCUUCGAGAUUACUGGUACGGCCAAAUGCAGUAUUCUCGUACAGAUUUAGCAGCUGCUAGCAUCCAGAGUGGAAGAGAUUAUGGCCUUUCUAGCUAUAACAAGAUGAUGGAGUUUUAUGGCCUUCAGCCCCUCAAGCAGUGGGAAGAUAUCCUGACCCCUGAAAUCAGAGAACAGCUCGUGUCAUUGUAUAAAAAUGAUAUAGACCAGCUAGAGCUAAUUCCUGGAGUCCUGCUGGAUGUCAAAGGAGGCCAUGGUGAACUUGUGUCAAAUAUUAUUCUUGAACAAUUUUAUCGACUAAGAGAUGGAGACAGGUUCUGGUUUGAAAAUGAAGGAAAUGGUUUAUUUACAAAAGAAGAGAUUGCCAUGAUCCGAAGAAGAACGUUCCGUGAUGUGCUGCUAGCUGUCAUUGAUGCAGAGGAAAACGACAUUCAAGAUAAUGUAUUUAUGUGGAAAUCAGGUGAUCCAUGUCCUCAACCUAAGCAACUAAAAUCUCAGGAUUUAGAAUCUUGUGUGCCUUUUAAAAUAACUGACUAUUUUGAAGGAUGUGGUGCUGGCUUUGGAAUCACUAUUGUAGCUCUUUGUUGCUUUCCUUUAGUGAGUUUACUUAUGGCGUACUUGGUAGCAAAAUCCCAGAAGAAAGCAUUCAGCAGAAUGCAAAUGAAAAGCAACAAUGUUGGCUUCAAUAAUACAACCGGUACAGAUGGUAUACCAGCCUUUGAAUGGUGCGGUCCUGGAGAAUCAACGCAACAAGUUUUGAUUCAGUUUCAUCCAAAUCAAGCCAUUAAAGUUCUAGAUAACAGAAAAACAAAAGCCAGAGUUAUACAUUUACAUAAUCAGCAAAAUGUUAAUGUGGCCUUGUCAAACAAUGAUGGAAGCAAGGCUUUGUGUCUCAAGAUCCCCAAAGAAUAUGACUUGGUGCUUUUUUUCGGAAGCAAAGAAGACCGAACAGACUUCAUAGAAAGAUUUAACGAAAUGUUUGAGGGGACUGGAAUUUUUGUGUCAUUUACUCAGUUGAAGGAAAAACAUCUUUUAGAUGCUUCCAUUUCAAAAAAACAAAGACAAGAAAUUUUGGAGAUCUUCUUUAAACAUUCUCUAUCUCAUGUACUUGAGAUUGAGAAGGCAGAUGCAGGAAUACUUCACAGACAGAACAUCAACGAUGCACUAAUGUGUGAGAUUUCCAGAGAUGAACUGGCAGAGUUGCUGGGACUUAAUCAACAUGCCCACUUUGUAGAAUCCAUGUUUUCUGCUGCUGACAAGGACAACAAUGGUUAUUUGUCAUUCAAGGAAUUCUGUCAUAUUUUAGUGAACUUAUUAAAAGGUACUGCAGAAGAUAAAUUGAAAUUUAUGUUCUCCAUGCAUGAUAUCAAUGGGAAUGGAAUGCUGACAAAGGAAGAAUUCUCUAAAAUGCUUAGAUCUUUUAGUGAAAUAUCAAAUUACCUGUCAAGUGAACAAACUGAAGAGGUGAUACAGAGCAUGUUUAGCGAGGCUGGGUUUCCAGCUAAGCAAGAAAUUACAUGGGAGGAUUUUCACUGCUUAUUCAAGGACCACAAAACCACACUGAGCUACACAACUCUUCUUUCAAAAGGUCAAGCAGUUCCUGUGGUGAACAAGAAAAACAUUACCAGCAACGUUUCAUUUAUAAGCAGAAACAACCAAAAUUAUUUAAAUAGAAAUGAAGAAAGUACUAAACUGGAUUCAGAGGCACAGGAGCUCCGAAACAGGUUGAGCAAAAGGAACACCACUAACUCAACUCAGCCAAGAAUAUACACAGAAGCAAGAAGGAUAAAAUAUGAGUCAAGCAAGCUCCGGCAAAAGAUUCAGCAAUUGAAGCGUUUGAUUGAAAAUUAUAAACGGCAUAUUGUGUGUGUAACAAUAUUUUAUGGGAUAUCAGCUGGCCUAUUUGCUGAACGAGCCUACUAUUAUGGUUUUGCUUCUCCAUCAUCUGGCAUUUCUCAAAGUACAUAUGUGGGCCUAAUUAUUUCUCGAGGUUCAGCUGCCAGCAUUUCAUUUAUGUUUUCUUAUCUGCUCUUGACCAUGUGCCGGAAUUUAAUAACAUUUCUCCGUGAGACCUUCUUCAACCGAUACAUUCCCUUUGAUGCUGCAGUUGACUUCCAUCGUUGGAUAGCAAUGAGUGCUCUUAUCCUUACAAUUCUUCAUGCAGUAGGACAUUUGGUCAAUGUCUACAUAUUUUCGAUCACCCCGCUCAGUAUUCUCAGUUGUCUCUUUCCUACAGUUUUCAGUGAUGAUGGAUCUGAGUAUCCACAAAAGUAUUACUGGUGGUUUUUUGAGAGUGUGCCAGGCAUGACGGGAGUGCUUCUUCUUGCUGUCAUGGCUCUGAUGUAUAUUUUUGCAUGCCACAAUUUCCGACGUGCCAGUUUCCGUUGGUUUUGGCUAACACAUCACCUCUACGUCAUAUUCUAUGUAUUGACUAUCAUCCAUGGCAGCUUUGCUCUAAUCCAACAACCACGGUUUCACUUAUUCUUCAUUGUCCCAGCCAUAAUCUACGUAGGAGACAAACUGAUUAGCUUUAGCAGGAAGAAGAUAGAGAUUGAUGUUUUUAAAAUUGUGCUACUUCCUUCAGGUGUAACUCACCUCCAGUUCCAGCGCCCUUCUGAUUUUGAUUAUAAAUCUGGACAAUGGGUGAGAAUUGCUUGCUUAAGUCUUGGCACAAAUGAGUAUCAUCCUUUCACUCUGACUUCAGCACCACAUGAGGAAACAUUGAGUUUGCAUAUAAGAGCAGUUGGCCCCUGGACAACUCGUCUGAGGGAGAUUUAUUCAGAGAGGCCAUAUCCCAAGCUUUACCUGGAUGGACCAUUUGGAGAAGGGCAUCAGGAGUGGAAUAAGUUCGAGGUGUCCGUAUUAGUUGGAGGUGGAAUUGGUGUCACACCCUUUGCCUCCAUUCUUAAAGAUCUGGUGUUUAAGUCCUCAAUCAAUUCAAGGAUCCACUGCAAAAAGGUUUAUUUCAUUUGGGUUACACGCACGCAGAAGCAGUUUGAAUGGCUGACAGAUAUCAUUCGAGAGGUAGAGGAAAAAGACAAAGGAGAACUACUAUCUGUCCACAUAUACAUUACACAGUUGACUGAAAAGUUUGACUUCCGCACAACCAUGCUGUAUAUCUGCGAACGUCACUUUCAGAAAGUUCAAAACCAGAGCCUGUUAACCGGCCUCAGUUCAGUUACGCAUUUUGGGAGGCCGCCAUUUAUGGGUUUCUUCAAUUCUCUACAAUCUGUCCAUCCAAAGGUCAAGAAAAUUGGUGUGUUCAGCUGUGGUCCACCUGGAAUGACAAAAAAUGUUGAGAAUGCUUGCCAGAAACUGAACAAAAGGGAUGAGUCGUUGUUUGUGCAUCACUAUGAGAACUUCUGAAGAUUUUCCAUUGCCUAUUUUCAGGAUGAGCAUGUGAAAAA